GUGGAGAGUGAGCUCCAAGCUGGCAGAGACAGAGGGGACCCGACUGAGAAACAACUCCAGGUUGUCUUGGAGGAGGCUGCGCUGUGGCAGAGGUUCAGGGAAGUCACUAAUGAGAUGAUUGUGACCAAGAACGGCAGUCAAUGAGAGUUAUCACUAACAUCAGUGGAAGCAGGACUGGGUCCCUUCUAUAAUAGAAAAUACGGAUGUUCCCAGUUUUAAAGAUCAGUGUGUCAGGUUUGGAUCCCAACGCCAUGUACUCCUUCCUGUUGGACUUUGCCCCAACCGACGGCCAUCGCUGGAAGUAUGUGAAUGGUGAAUGGGUGCCCGCUGGGAAACCAGAGCCACCAAGCCACAGCUGCGUCUACAUCCACCCAGACUCUCCCAACUUCGGAGCGCACUGGAUGAAAGCCUCUGUUUCCUUCAGCAAAGUGAAACUUACCAACAAGCUCAAUGGAAGCGGGCAGAUAAUGCUGAAUUCCUUGCAUAAAUACGAGCCUCAGGUUCACAUCGUUCGUGUGGGAGGCCAACAUAGGAUGGUAAUGAACUGCUCCUUUCCAGAGACUCAGUUCAUAGCUGUCACUGCUUAUCAAAAUGAAGAGAUAACAGCUCUCAAAAUCAAGUAUAAUCCCUUUGCCAAAGCCUUCCUGGAUGCAAAGGAAAGAAACCAUCCCAAGGAUACUCCUGAAAAUGUUUCGGAAGGUCAACAUAUGACAUAUUCUCACUUAGGUGGCUGGUUGAUUUCCAAUCCAGAUGCAGUGUGUGCAGCAGGAAGCUCUAAUUAUCAGUAUGGAGGAGCUUUGUCUCUGCCUACCCCACAUUCCCACCAUGGCUGUGAGCAUUAUGCAGCCCUUCGAGGGCAUCGGGCUGCACCAUAUCCUGCUUCAUACAUGCAGAGAAAUCACUCCCCAACAGGGAAUCUGAUUGAGAGCUCCAACAAUAAUGUGCAGAUGUUUCCAGGACACGAUAGCUGGACUUCCUUACCAUCCACUCCACAUGCCAACUUGCUUUCAGUACCACAUGCCAAGGGAACUGCCACUGCUGGUCCUAGCCACUAUCCAUGUCUGUGGACAGUCAGCAACAGUGCCCUUAAUGUUGCCAACCCGGGGAGUGAUGUGAAUGGCAGCGCUCCAGGCACGUUCCUGCGAGGUAACAUCCCUUUGCCCACCACGUCUGCCUCGAUGCCUCUGCAGGGAGCAGCCGUCAGCAACAUGGAAACACCAGGGGAACCCACUCUUGCCAGACUAGCUGAUUCUGCCUGGACAUCUUUGCAUUCGUUUUAAUGGGCGGGAAGCUCUCUAGGAAUGUUCAGCAGGAUCUGAGCAAGAUUGACAGGACAAAAACACCUCCUACAAUCACAGUUCAGGGCAGGGAGGGGACAUGCACACAAGGAACCUAUUUCAGUAAUGCACCAGAUUCCAGGAUAAACCUUGCACCUCUCCAUUUCCAAAUGAGCAAUGAAAGAUUGAGUCAAGAGGCCUAGUGCAAAGGAGGGGGAAGAGUUAGAGGGGAGCUGGUUUCUUCUUGUACCAUUCAGCGCUACAGCAGACUAUGAAUGAUCCAAGUCUUUGCUUCCAUGUCAAAGCAAAAGGGCCAGAGAUUCAGGUUCCAAUGGAACAGAAGUGGCAGCUGGGUAUUUUAAUGGGAUUUCAAAGGAAUGUUUAUUGUAACUUAGGCCAGUCGCAGUUAGAUUGCUGGCAGGGACCUCAUAAUAACAACAACCAGAAACCAUGACAUCCUCAUACAAUCCCUGAGCAGCAUUUUAAAGUGGAAAAGCUGCCCGGAAAUGCCCUAGUGUUCUUUAAUACUUGUUUUAUGAAAUUCUUAAAAUUCUUGAAAGCUAAUGUGGAGGAAAUUGCUUUCUGUCUCCCUAAGACACUCCCCUCUAGUUUCACCAGCAUAGAGUGGUAUUCUUCCCUUCCUCUCCUACAGCUGUUGUGUAGUCUUUGUGUGUUAUAAGAAAACCUAGCAGGAAGUUAUGCAAACUGCAGUUUUAUUUCACGGAUAUGGAAGUGGGGACAGAAUGCAGUGAACUUCCCCAUAGGUGUGUUAGCUCUACAGGACUGAGAGGAGAAAAAAAUGGAUCAGAGUGAUUAUGUACAUAUAGGCCCAGGCCCAUAAAAGGUACUUAGGCACCUAAGUCCCAGGGCUGGCUGCACUGUGAUCCACAAAAUCCUGUAGGAGCCUAAACUUACUCAGCCCUUAAAUUGCUGCCUCUGGGCACGCACAUGGCUGCCUCCUUAUCUCCCAUCUAAGUCCCUGCAAGGUGGAAGGGUCCCAGUCGAGCAUCUAUACCACAAUUAAACAUACCAUUAGCCUGAGCCCUGUGAUCCGGAAUCAGCUGGCAUCAUGGGACUGAGGUGCCAUUUUCUAAAAGAUGUAAUAUUUGGUGGAAGAUAAGACAUGAGCCAAGCAGGGGGUAGCCCUCUUUUACUUGGGAGAUCUGUACAGUUUGUGUAAGGACAUCCGUUUCCCACACAAUGGACAGAAUGGAUUUCCCCAGUCAUAUCAGCUGGGUUAAAUGUGCCAGCAGGCGAGGUGUGUUGUUCCUCAGGGAAAUGUGCGAAUGCGGAGAGGAUUUUGAAGUGGCACUUGCUCUUAAAGGCAACUCAAGAGAAGGGUGUGAACAACUACAAUUGGUCAGGACCUCUGUUCUACAUCUUGUCAAGUGUUGCUGAUGUCACUGUGUGUGUGUGUGUUCUGCAGACAUAAUCUUCUGCCGAGGUACAAUGGGAUGGGUGCCCAGAUUUUCCCAGAAUACACUCAUCAAACAUAGGCAGGCAUGGCAGCAUGAAAAGCAUGGAUAUGGAGCCAUGACUGACACAUGGCUCUGUUGUGGGAACAGCUGUGUGGUGGCACAGUUCAGCCACGCUUGUUGUAACUGGCUUAGAUGAGCAUGUCAGGAUCUGGUUCCAGAAGCAUGGUUAUGUGGCAUAUUGAGGACUGUGCUGAAAUUGCAAACUAUCACUUUAAGAGCAGGAGGGUUUCCUGGUCCUGCAUCCAGCCUCAGGAGCUCUGUAGGGAGGCACGUGACCAGCAGUCAGUCUGUAGCCAGCCAGCCUAGAAUAAGCUGGAGUGAGUUGUGCCUCUCUGUUUUAGGGAGCAGCCUGCUUUGUGUCUCUGCUCUGGUUUUGGUUCUUGUGUGUUAUCGUUCUGAAUUCUAAGAAAUAAAGUAGUGUUACACUGCAACUUCCAGCAAGAACAUUUUAUGUUUUUAUCCAACUUCUCUGUGUGUAUGCUGUGAACAUAACAGGUUACACUUGUAUUGUAGCCGGGGCUACAGAGGGAAGGGCGCAGCUAAUAAAGCAUCUUUGUUUAGCUGCACAGUGCCCUCCACACCGUCUGGGGGCAUUGCCUAAGUGCUGACCGAGAUGGAAAAGCACCAGCUAUUGAGUGGCCAGCCAUACUUCCAGCAGCGCCUUGCUUUCUCCCCCAGCCUGUGACUCCAAGUGCGUGUUGGCAUCAGUUUGUAGUGUGUGCACUGUGCGAGUAUCAACUCAGCCACUGGUGAUUCCUUGUUGCAGCCCUCUGCCCCUUUCCGCGCUCGUGAGAGACACGGCUCAUCAAACCCACACCAUAGGAUGUUCAGUUCCUAAGUUCUCAUGUUGGUCAUUUAUUUCCCAAGACUAAACUUUUUUUGUGGGUGUGGUGAGACAGUUGAAGCACGUGCUCCCAUGGGCAGAAGAUUAUUUAUUUAGAGUCAGGGAUACCUAUUUAUUGCAAGUGAGAUUUUUAUUUUAUUCUCCCAGUGUGGAAAUCUCCUAAUUCUCGAUGGAGGACACGUAGAAGGAAACAAAGAGUCGCUAGGAACUCUGCAGUGCUGGAGUGCAGGCAGUGCUCUGUCUGUCCUUAGAAAGUCCCAUUUUUUUACUUUAUACUAUUUGACAGUCUCUCAGCUUACAGUGUAAUAGGGGAAAAGUGGUUCUGUGAUGGUGUGGGUUUGCCCAUGACAAACAGGAUACAGAAUGUGCAUGGAAACCAAAAGGCAUCCUGGGGACAGCCGGAAUACCAAAACACCUUGAAUCAGACACUGAGGGAAGACCUUCCAAAAAGCACUUGUAUUUUCUUUUUACCAUAUCAUCUAAAGCUGUAGGUGGUGCUCUGGCUCUAACAAACUUGGUGGCCCUUUAAAAUUGCCUUUGAACUGUUGCUUACUGAUUGCUAUGAUUUGUAACAGCCAUUUGUUUGUGUGUUUUUCCUGUUGCAAGAUUUCUUUUUAGAAAGGGACGAACAUGGCCUGGACAAAAAAUAGAAUUUUAACUUCCUGAUGAUAAGAGGUUAGCAGAAAUCACAUUGAAAUAUUGUGGCUUAUGGUUUAAUAUGGCAUAAACUAGCCAUUUGCUCUAUCUAUUUAUACUGUGUUUGUCCCUGUGGUAAGUGAGCACCUAUACAAUGCAAUCCUGGUGCUGUUCAGGUUAACUGGGUCUUCAGAAUGGCCAGACUUUUAAAUUGUACUUGAUUAUGAGGUACUGGGUGAAGGGGGUGCUCAUAUCAUAUGUAACUGGAGUGGUAGGAUCAUAAUAGAUAUAGAAAAGUCCCAUUACAUGAUGGAAUCCAUCCCCUGCUCGGGAAGAUGACUGUCCCCCAAAUCAAUUUCAUCAUGACUUAUAAGAUGCGGAAUUUGCACUGUGCCCUCAGUUGAGAGGCUCAGAAGAACUAGGUUUCAGAGUAGCAGCCGUGUUAGUCUGUAUGCGCAAAAAGAAAGGGAGUACUUGUGGCACCUUAGAGACUAACCAAUUUAUUUGAGCAUAAGCUUUCGUGAGCUACAGCUCACUUCAUCGGAUGCAUUCAGUGGUUCUCUUUCUGGCUCUACACUGACCUGCAAUGAGACUGUGGAUAGGUCUCUGCCUCUGCUCCCACGCCAUUAGUCUGCUGUAGGUCUUUAGACUGUAAAUUCAUCAGGACAGGGACUGUCUUUUACUGUGUGUGUCCGUACAGUGCCUAGUGCAGUGGGACUCUGGUCUCAAGUGGGGCCUCUAGGCAGCUCACAGCAAAUUAAUAACAAAGUAAUAAGAUAUUAACUGUCUCCAUAUACUGGUUGUGUGUGUGUGUAUCAGGUUUGCUAGAAUUGUAUUAAUGUAUUGAUAAGGAUAAAAUCAAUUAGUAGAACUCCUUCAUUUCUAAAAUAUAAAUUAUUUCCCCACUGACUCUCUCUCUCUCUAUAUAUAUAUAUUAUUUGAGUAGGAAGAUCAUUUGUACAUUUUUUAAAAAUGGAUUUUUUGGCAGAGUUAUUGAGGCAUAACUCCUUUCUAGUGACUGUGGAAUGAACGACAGAAAGAAAUGUUUAAAGAAACUUUCACACUGCAGCAACUUUGAAAGGAAUGGCAGCAGUUUCAAAGCCACUACCUAAAUUACACAAUCAGUCAUUUUCUGGGAGCCUAUUGCACAUAUCUGUGUGCAGGUAAGAGAUGUUUCCAUCCCGGCUCUACUUGUGUUGUGUACGUAGCUGUGUAACAGUUAUGGUUUUGAUUUCUGUGUUGUGCAUCUUUGCAUUUCUUGGGGCCUGAUUUUCUGUUGCCCUGGAUCUUGUGCAGUCAUUUACACUGGUGCCAAGUGGGUGUAAAUUGCUUCCCCAUCAGAAUGGUAGUACUUUACAUCCACUCUGCAGUCACUUUCCGCCACUGUAAAUGAAUAUGCAAUGUGCAGAGCAACAGAGAAUCAGGCCCCUAGAAUCUGGAGACAGCUGUUACUUUGGGACCUCUACUGAGGUUCUUCCCCUUUAAACCACUGAAGAUCAAAAAUUGUGUGUGUGUGUAUGUAUAAUCUGUCCUCCUAAUCAUUCACUUAGCUGUAACUGGCAGUCUGGAAAAUGACACAGUUCCAAGUCUAAUGUGAUUGACUGUCCCCCGUUCCCACUCUGCCCCUUCCUAUGAAAGUCCCUCUGUGUAUGACCAAAUACCAGGACAGGAAAUCAAUUUCUGUAACAUAUGGUGUUGUAUGCCUAUCAGUUCUGUGCUGAACAGCCAAUCCUACAGAGGGGAGAAAUAUUGCUCUAGGUACCUCAUGUCAGCAUACAGUGAAUGCCUCGUCUGUAUCCAUUUAAAUUUAAGACUUCAGCAACCUGGAGCAGAUUUUCUCAAGGUUGCCCAUAGCAAGAACUGUAAUUCUGGGAGCCUAUAGGUCUCUUCAAUGACUUGUCUGUUAAAAGGGUUGAUUUAAGUGGACAACUUUACCAGCGUGUGCCCAGGGGAUUGCUGGAAAGCAGUGUGUGGCUCUUCCACUGACACUGUGAUCUUGGACACGUCUGGUGAUAGAGGAACUAAGCCUGUAAAAUAGGAAUAAAAAGGGGAUAUUGAUCUCCCUCUCAGAGGUGUUGUGGGGCUUUAAUUGGUGUUAGUAAAGUGUUUUGCUGGUUGUAAAUGCAAUAUAAUAAAUGUACUGAAUGUUACUAA